AUGGAUAGCCGCAUUUUGUUAAUAUUCGCAUGCGUCAUAGCAGCUGGUUCAUCAUGGUCCAUUCCACUCUAUCCUGGAGUAAGACCUAUCAGGGUUACGAGGUACGCGCCGGCACCGCCACAUUACAGGAUUCCAGUCCGCCCAGCGCCACCACAGAGCGAAGUACCCCAGUGGGAGCGCCCCAAACGCCAGUACCACGACCAUGACGAGGACCCUGACCACCGGAGCAGCAGCGGCGUGACAGGCCCCGUCCACACCUUUGUGAAGACGGACAAGAACGCCAACUAUAAGUGGGGCGUCAGACACCACGUGGGGAAUAAAUUCGCGUCGUAA